AUGAGUCGCGGCCAAGGAGAGAUCUCCGCCCGUGUGGAGGCUCCUGUCACCGUCAAGGCCUACUUGCUUUGCGCCUUUGCUGCCUUCGGAGGUAUCCUCUUCGGAUAUGACUCUGGAUACAUCAGCGGUGUUCUUGGAAUGAACUACUUCAAGAAAGAAUUCGGCCACCCCAACUCCACCGACACCGAGAAUGCCUUCGAGGGCCACAUGUACCACACCUGGGAGAAGUCCCUGAUCACCUCCAUCCUGUCCUGCGGUACCUUCUUCGGUGCUCUCUUCGCUGGUUCUCUUGCCGAUUGGAUCGGUCGUCGUAACACUGUUGUCUCUGGCUGUGGUGUCUUCAUGCUCGGUGUCAUUCUCCAGGUCGCCUCCACCUCCGUCGGUCUCCUCGUCGGCGGCCGUCUCGUCGCUGGUGUCGGUGUCGGUUUCGUCUCUGCCGUCAUCAUUCUGUACAUGUCUGAGAUCGCCCCUAAGGCUGUCCGCGGUGCCAUCGUCUCGGGUUACCAGUUCGCCAUCACCAUCGGUCUCCUGCUCGCGUCCUGCGUCGACCAGGCCACCAAGGACCGCAUGGACUCGGGCUCCUACCGCAUUCCGAUCUCCAUCCAGUUCGCCUGGGCCCUCAUCCUCGGUGGUGGUCUCCUGAUGCUUCCUGAGUCCCCCCGCUACUACGUCAAGGACGACAAGCUCGAGCAGGCCGCCCACGCCCUCUCCCGCAUCCGUGGCCAGCCCGUCGACUCUGAGUACAUCCAGUCCGAGCUCGCUGAGCUCGUCGCCAACUUCCGCCACGAGCGCGAGAACAUGCAGACCGGCUGGCUCGACUGCUUCAAGGGUGGCUGGGCUCCUUCGGGCAACUUCCGCCGUGUCAUGCUCGGUGUCUUCCUCCAGAUGUUCCAGCAGCUCACGGGUGUCAACUUCAUCUUCUACUACGGCACCACCUUCUUCCAGCAGGUCGGCCUGAGCAACUCGUUCCUCAUCUCCAUCAUCACCAACGUCGUCAACGUCUGCUCCACCCCGAUCUCCUUCUGGGCCAUCGAGCGCCUCGGUCGCCGUCCCCUCCUCAUCGGCGGCGCCUGCGGCAUGCUGGUCUGCCAGUUCAUCGUCGCCAUCGUCGGUGUUGCGGCCCCCGACAGCAACGCCCAGGGCAUCUGCCUGAUCGUCUUCGUCUGCAUCUACAUCUUCUUCUUCGCCACCACCUGGGGUCCCGCCGCCUGGGUCGUCAUCGGCGAGGUCUACCCGCUGCCCAUCCGUGCCAAGGGCGUCGCUCUGUCGACCGCUUCCAACUGGCUCUGGAACUUCGUCCUCGGCUACGUCACCCCCUACAUGGUCGACUCCAACGAGGGCAACCUGGGCGUCAAGGUCUUCUUCGUCUGGGGCAGCACCUGCACCCUGUGCGGCCUGUUCGCCUACUUCAUGGUGCCCGAGACCAAGGGCCUGUCGCUCGAGCAGGUCGACCGCAUGCUCGAGGAGACUACCCCGCACACCUCGAGCAAGUGGGUGCCCCACGACACCUUCGCCGACGACUCGGCCCGCAAGGAGAUUGCCAAGGUCACUGGCGCCUCCGCCGACGUCUACGAGAAUGUUGAGCCGAAGUCUGUUUAA